UUGAAACAAUCUGUAGUCAAGUGGCGCGUAGUAGGAAGGAUGGAGUCGCUGCCGGCGGAUAGAAUAAUUCGUGCUAAGAGCAGCGGUAACGUCAUGCACGCCGCUGUGGAUUUUAUAGCUGGUUCACUGGGUGGAAUCAGUAUGGUUUAUGCGGGUCAGCCGCUGGAUACUGUCAAAGUCAAAAUGCAGACAUUUCCAAAUCUGUACCGGGGUAUGAUGGACUGUUUGCGACAGACAUGGAUGAAAGAAGGUUUACGUCGUGGCUUGUAUGCCGGUGCAGUGCCCGCAGUAAUUGCAAAUGUUGCUGAGAAAUCAGUUCUCUUUGUUGCUUAUGGUUCGUGCCAAAAACUGAUUAUGAAGCUGACGGGCAUACAGAGAGUGGAGGAACUAAGAACAUUCUCCAAUGCAGCAGCUGGUUCACUUUCUGCGAUUUUCUCAUCCCUUACGCUUUGUCCAACAGAGUUGGUGAAAUGCAAACUGCAGGCUCUGCGAGAGACAAGUUCACAGUCUAAAACAGCUACUCAAAACUGUGGGCCCAUAAAAAUGACGAAAUACAUAAUAAAAAAUGAAGGAGCAAUGGGCCUGUUUAGAGGUCUGACUUCAACUAUGGCUCGAGAAAUGUUUGGCAACUUCUUCUUUUUUGGAGGAUAUGAAGGUGCUCGUCAGUUGCUCACACCUCCAGGGAAAUCAAAGGAUGAAAUUGGAGCUGUACGUACAAUGGUUGCUGGUGCUACAGGUGGUUUUGUUUUUUGGCUUGUUGUGUUUCCUGUGGAUGCUGUAAAAUCAAGAAUACAGGUUGGCGGUCUGAAAGAACCCAUGAUAUCUGUUGCCUUAAGGGUGGCCCGUCAAGAAGGGAUUUCUGCCUUGUACAACGGCUUGCAACCAUCUCUUGUCAGAACAAUACCAGCCUGUGCUACUUUAUUUCUAGUGUAUGAAAAUAGUAAAAAGAUGUUGCUUAAACUUUUAGAAUGAACAGUACGGUAGAUUUGAAUGUUUUUAUCACAUAAUGGCAAAAUCACUGCCACAGAUUUUGUCCUCAUAGUCAUACAAGUUGCCAAUGGAAAACUGCUUAGAGGAUAGUUUGGAGCAGUAAUACUGAAUAUUGGUUGCAGUGGAGCCCUUAAUCUUUUGAUACUGACAGUGCAAACAUAAAAGGUUUUUAAAAUGUAAACCACAAGAGAAAAUCCAAGAUGGAAUAAUGACAAUAUUAUGAAGAGGAUAGACUGCUACUUACUGUAUAGAGGAGAUGCUGAGUUGCAGACAGGCACAACAAAAAGGCUGCUAAAUGUGUGAGCUUUUAGCCAAAAGAAGAAGGCAUUUUGGCUGAAAGCUCAAUGUUUAGCAGUUUUUGUUUUGCCUGUCUGUGACUCAACAUCUUGUCUACAUGGUGAGUAGAAUCUAUCCUUUUCAUAAUAUUGCUAAUUACAAGAGACUUAAUUUAAGCACAAAACUUAAAAAUUUUGUUUAUAAAUGCAAUAAAAUUAAGCAUGCAUAUAAGUAUUCAUGUGAACACUGCAAGACUGGUAAAUUGUCACUGUUUAUGUGGAGAUAAGGGUAAAUAUUAUAACACAGUGGUUAUUGAUACAGUGUGGUCAUUUGACUGGACCAAUACUUUACUCAGUACUUGACAGAAAGAAAUCUUGUAACA